GGAUUUUGUGAUAACCAAUUAAUCUGUCAGGAUUUGCAGAUUAUAUUGAUGUUCACACUCUGAGUUUCAUAGACAAGAAGUGCGCAACAGACAUUGAUGAAUGUGCUUCUGAUCCCUGCAAAAAUGGAGCAACUUGUGUAAAUAUGAUUGGCGAGUACUCUUGUGGUUGUGUGCAAGGUUUUGAAAGUUAUGACUGUUCAGGAGAGAUAAAUGAAUGCCUAUCAAAUCCAUCUGACCCUACCAAUACCAUUUAUUUAGAAGAUCUGACAAAUAGUUUUCGAUGUUUCUGCAAUCGAGGACAUACAGGAAAAACUUCUGCAAUUUCUGUAACUUUCUGUGUGGCAGGAUUGUGUCAGUGUGGAUCAUAUUAUAAGGAUGUCCCUGGAGGAUUUAGAUGUCAUUGCCUUCACGGAUUAGAAGGAUGUUUUUGUGAAACCAAUAUUGAUGAUUGUGAGACUGACUCUUGUGGGAUCUCAGCAUUUGCAAAGAUGGCCUGAAUUCUUCUAUUACUGUGCAGCAGGCUUCAUAGAUUGGUUUAAUGCACACUGCCUCUCUGUGAACUUAGUGGAAGUUUAAAAUGGCCAGAAAUAAAAGCCCUGAUUCAUUAUCACUUACUCUUCUUUGUAGUGGAAGUCACACCCCUUCAAAAUGUUGCAAAAUUUCAUGGAACGUGUCAAUUUGCUGAGCAAUUAUUCUAAUGCGAUUGAG